AGGGUGAUGAAAGAUAAAGCGGCGAGCCGCACUAUGGAGACUGGGGAAGGAAGUUUGUGCCGCGUUGAUCUAUCAAAUCCCGUGCUUGUGUGAAAGUAUUGAUGUUCGAACCUGGGUGCGGGGAGACGUAUUCACUACAUAUCGCCCGAAUGCUCAAAACAAAUCAUAGUUUGGUUCACGUUACCGGAACCCGCUUGCAACUUGUUCCUUUUUAUCCGGACCGAAUCGAAAGUCAGGACUCUUUUUUUUCUUUUAACCGCUGACAGCUCGAAGGAUCGGAACUUCCAAGGGCUUGAUGUAUAACGGAUGGACCUGCUGAAUUCAACAAUCGAAUUCUUCCUACCUUACAGGAGACGGGGCGAGAACGGGGCAUUUAUGGACGGCACUGGCUGAGGACUUGACUGGAGGAAAGUGGCUGAUAUUGUUAGAAGUUAUCGCCCAGCUUGUUGGGAGCACAAGAGUCGCCAGUGGUCAGCGAAAGGAGAGUUAUCGGAAUAAAUCCGAACAUACUGUUGAACCAACUCAAGCCUCGUGAUACAUCUCUAUAUGUUAAAUAUAUUCACACACUGCCAUAUAUAUCCAUACGAACCAAUUUCAGACCAAGAUCGCAAGAAUGAGCAAGCCCGCCGGAUCAACAAGUCGUAUUUUGGAUAUUCCGUGCAAAGUCUGUGGAGACCGAAGUUCUGGUAAACAUUAUGGAGUUUAUGCUUGUGACGGCUGCUCGGGUUUUUUUAAGCGCAGUAUUCGCCGGAACAGAACCUACGUUUGCAAAUCAGGAAAUCAGGGUGGCUGUCCUGUAGACAAGACUCACAGAAAUCAAUGCAGAGCUUGCCGACUGAAAAAGUGUCUUGAAGUUAACAUGAACAAAGAUGCUGUGCAACAUGAAAGAGGACCCAGAACAUCCACGAUAAGGAAGCAAGUAGCUCUAUAUUUUCGGGGGCAUAAGGAAGUGAAUGGAGGAGUCACUCCUUACCCAUCUGCUGCAUUGCCUGGACCAGCUUUCUUCACUGCUGUAACCCAGUUAGAGACACACAACAUUGACCUCAAUACUGGGCCAGAUCAUCAGGCGUUAGUAGGCUUACCACAGCCGACUCCAAAGUACCCACAUGAAGUCAACGGAGCGCCAAUGUAUCUGUACGAAGUGGCGACUGAAUCGGUGUGUGAAUCGGCCGCGAGGCUUCUCUUCAUGAGCAUCAAGUGGGCGAAGAGCGUGCCCGCCUUUUCCACGCUCCCAUUCCAAGAUCAGCUAAUUCUGUUGGAAGAUGCGUGGAGGGAGCUCUUUGUUUUGGGGAUAGCCCAAUGGGCCAUUCCAAUCGAUUCCAGUACUCUGCUGGCCGUAUCCGGAAUGAACAGCGAUAACACCGACUCCCAGAAGUUGAACAAGAUCAUCGCGGAAAUCCAUGCUCUGCAGGAAGUGGUGGCGCGAUUCCGUCAGCUCCGCGCAGACGCCACUGAAUUCGCCUGUUUGAAGUGCAUCGUGACGUUCAAAGCCGUUCCAACACAGAGUGGCUCAGAGCUAAGGAAUUUCCGCAAUGCUUCAGCAAUCGCAGCUCUGCAAGAUGAGGCUCAGCUCACCCUUAAUAGCUACAUCCACACCAGAUACCCAACACAGCCGUGUCGCUUUGGCAAGUUACUUCUACUUCUGCCGGCCUUACGUUCCGUCAACCCUUCGACUAUUGAGGAAGUGUUUUUCAAGAAAACGAUCGGCAAUGUCCCUAUCACAAGACUUUUGUCAGACAUGUACAAAUCCAGCGAUAUUUAACUCUUAAGUCUUUCCUACACGGAUAAUCAACCUCGCCGGUGUUAUAAUUGAAACUUCUUAAGCAGACUAACAACAUUCAUGACUCUUACUGUCAAACACAUGUUUUGUGUGCCUAAAUAAAACUGGGCCAAGGGUUGUUGAUAUUGUGUAGCACGCCACCCGAAAACUGCCCGUCCUGCAACUCGAACUGUUUGAAGCUCGCACCAAUCCAAACGCGAGCCCAGACUUGAACAUUGUCCUUCUCCACAGAAGCCAUCAGAAAACUGGCAAGUCCGACAUAUCCCUAUGAACGUUUUGGGGGCUUCUCGAUGCUGACGGUGGGCGAAAUGUUGCUCAGGUGGCUAGACCAACUUGACUGAUCCUUAAACUGAAUGGAAUCGAAAAAGCGGCCGAAGCUAACUUCAAUGUGGCAAAACUCAAAACUUCCCAUCUGUCGCGUUUCCAAAAUAAUUCUUGCCAAAAUCACAAAUGGUCUUUAAAACGUAGUCUUCAACUGAUCUGUUAGUUAUACUGUACCAGGCUGCAAGAAAGCAACAGUUUAGAUUAUUCACGAACAGGCGCCUGCAUGUUUGUACGGUAGUGGUAUUUCCCAGUAUACUUACUCCUGCGGUUCUUAGUAGAUCGUUUUAAUUUUCUUUUUUUUUUCGUUGUCGUUGUUAACAUUUCAAACGUGGGUGUAAGGUCAACACGUGUACAUGAGACAAGCCAAAUGUGAAGUCUGAAGCGACGGAUCCAGCAGCUGUUCGGUGACGUAAGUACUGAGACCAAAGGAGAGGGCAGCUUGACUCUCGGCGGGAAAACUGCGAGAACAAUCGUGCAGGCAGAUCCUAAAUCCUGCUGCUCUGACACAAGAUAGAAGGCUUUCGUUCUGGCAGGAGACCAACUGGAGAAAGUUUGUCUAAUCACAGACUCCAUUAUAAGUGCCUUUUUUUUUGUUGUCUUAAACUUUUGGUUAAACUAGCAGUGCAGUUUGAACGCGGUAGGGAAGGAGAUCCCACUGUUGGUUGGGACGCCGAAGUACACCGUUUAUUCCGUCUUGGAGCGAGAAGCGUGGAGUGGACGAGAUACCUUUCAAAUAAGCACUGAGAAAAUCAGCACUUGGAUAUUCCUUUCUCUCCAACGGAACGUUUAUUGCGUUGUUCUGUGCAUAAGUAUCAGAUGUAACUGAGUUGUCAAGACCCUUGUAAUUCAUUUGGAAUAGAGAAUAAUUAUACAAUUAAAUGUCAACGUUCAGAAGUCUCCUUGGACGACAAGAUAAAUCUCUGAAAAUACAAGUAACUCGGGUUACUCUUAAUGGUGUCCGCCGCAUCUUCUUACAUGUGUUUAAUACCAAUAGUGUGUUUGCCCUGGCCGUGUAGCGGUUCGGUUUUAGCUAAAUAACUGGAAUGCCAGGUUUGCAAAGAUGAAGCCGAUAUGAAUCUGAAAUAAAAACAGAAAAUGCUGUGGAUGUGCAGUAGGCCAGGCAACGGUCUGUGGAGAGCGAAACAGAAUUUGCAUUUCAGGUAGACAAUCUGUCUUUGGCUGUGGUUUCGUGGAAGACCAAUAUCCAGAAACUCGGCAUAGAAUUAAUUAUUGUCUGAAGCAAUAUUUUAAUGCCAACUAAUAGUGGAUACACCGUGUAUGACUUGUCUUCUAUGCCUGCUUGAACCAUUGCAGCAUUAGAUGAGUAAUCAAUUUUGCAGUAUCUUUCUCGGCCGCCCUACUUCAAACCGAGUCUCACCUAGUCUCACUCACCACUCAUCAUCCUUGUCCGAGGUAAACGCCAAUAGCUCGUUGGUCAUGCAGAAAAUUACAGUCAAAAUCGGUCACCCGGUUUCCCAGUUUCCUUAACAACUUCCCAUAUCCUGCCUCUGAAAUUUCGUUAGGGUUUAAGAGCCGCUCUGAAUUACUGGAAGGCUGCAGCAUGAAUCGCCUCACUGAUUUCCUGUCGGGUCACUCAUUGAACAACUGGCAAUCCGCGCCUUCUUCCAAUAAUCCUGCAACUUCCCCCUGCAUUUCCCAACUACAUUUGACUCUACAUCCAAUAACCCCACCCUUAACCUCUUUGGCAGUGCAUUCCAAACCCCGGUAUAUAAGAAAAAGUUUUCUUAAAAACCGCUUUGAAUUUGCAUUCAGUCUAUAGCAUUUGGUUUCUAUCCCUUCGCCAAUGGGAACAGCUUACCUUAAGAACAUUUGAAAAAGAGGCAGGGCUUGGCUGUUCAACACCUUGCUCCUGCUUUAAUCUUCCGAAAAACCAUAGCUGAUCUUUUUCCUUCUACCACUCUUUCGCAGUAACCCGUAUCCAUUGAUUAAUUACCUAAAAAAGGACAUGCAUUUUCUUUUUAUCCCUAUCUAUUCCAUGUAGAUUUUUCAUGAUUUAAAAUAUAUCUUACACAACCCCUAAUCAACCGUUCUUUUACCCCAAGGAAAGCUGCUCUGCUUCUCCAUUCUAUGACAAAGCUAAUGUUCUUCAUACCAGCCCCGAUGAAGGAUCUCAGGCCAAAAUGUUGACUUUUUAUUGCUCUCCAUAGAUCCUGUCUGACCCGCCGAGUUCCUCCAGUAUGUUGUAUGUGUUAUUUUUCAUACCUGAAAUAAUUGGAGUAAAUCUCUCCUACACCCUCACAAAGGCUUCCAUACAUUUCCUUGUGUGGUGCCAAGAAUGACACAAUAUGUUUUUCUUAUAGAGGCUCAUCAUGAUUUUCUUUCUCUUGUGUUCUAUGCCUCUGUUUAUAAAGCAAUAUCGUCAAUAUCUUUUUUUCACUUUUCUUUCAGCUCUCCUGCCACUUGCUGACAAUUUAAAUAUUCUGUUUUCGUAUUGUACCAUAUUGAGAAUUCUGCCCUCCUGUUUAUAUUUCCUCUCUUUGUACUUUCCAUAAAAUGUAACAUGUCACAACUUUCUACACUGAGGUCCACAUUUCCACCUAUUCCUCUAAGCUUUUUGCAUCCUCUCCCAUUACCACUCUCCUCAUAGUUCACUGUGCUUCCAUCUACGUGUUUGGAAGCCGGGUUCUGUAAACCCAGUUCCACUGCAACGUACGUUAACAACAGCCGUGGCCCAGGUACCAGUCCCUGGGAAAAUGCACAGUAUAACAUCAUCCAGCUGGCUAAAUAACCUUUCACUAGUCUCUUUUCCCCGAUCUCUGCUGCAAUUGCACCUUCUAUUUCACGUGCUCCAGAUUCCUUUAAUCUGGCCUCUUUAUCCUAACGCUUUUCACUUGGCUGCAGUUUCCAUUAUAUUGACAUUCUCUUUGUAGGAAUCUUUCUCUAUUGAGGUGCUGAACUUGAGUCAGUAGUAGCGCUCCUUCUUUUGAGUUAAGAGACUAUGGGUUCGCGUUCCACUUCUCCACCAUCCCCCCAGCAUACUACAACGGCAAGAGCACGAAACAUAAGAUGUUGUUGUUCCAUUGUUCUGCAUGGUCAUCCUGUAUUACAUCAUUGAAGAGCAACUACAAACUUCCAACAGGUUACCACAUUCAUUUUCCCUUCUGGAGAGGGGAGCUUCAGACUCAUCUCCAAUUCAUUCCUGAUGAAUGCAACUUUCCAAUCCUUGCAGCAGUUUAGUAAACACAUUUUAGACUUCCUCUCAUAUCACCACUGCUUUUUGAUAUCCGAAUCUCCAUCGUGCUUCAGGGACAUGGUCCAAGUGACAUUGUACGUACACUUAAAAUUAUUUUUUUAUUUCUUUAUUUUAACACCCUCGACUUAUAUCUUGAUGCUUUGAGCUGUCUUUUCUUAUGUCACUGAGCUCUACCAACCAUUUUAUUGAGUUAUUUACCCUCACAUCCCUCUGCUCUGCAAUCAGUCACUAGCCUUCUAAGGGAGCAUGUGAAUUACAAUAUUUUCUGUCUAAAAUGAACCAUGUUACACACUUACAAUGAAACUUGGUUACCAGUUAAUUGCCGAACAGAAAAUCCUCACAAUUUAAUCUGAUUCAGCAUUCUUAUCCACCAGUGGUAACCAAUCACUCCCUUACUUCUCCAUGCAUUUUGAAAUUGCUCUCUUAAUUCCUGAGUCCAAGUGGUUAAGGUAACUGGUGAGAAAUAGUGGUUCCAGCAACAAUGUUUUUAAAGAAACCCUUCCCAGUACUGCCUGCCUAAUUUGGUGUCUAUUAAUUUGAAAAAUCUCAAUGCAUUCUGACCUUUUUAUGUGUUGCCUGAACUGAGACAUUGAGGGAGCGAUGUGCUGCAGACAACGCAAUCUUUUCAAACAGAUUUUUAAAGAGGCAAAGAUCUCAAAACCCUAAAUGCUGGCAGCAUCUCAAACCAUAUUUAUCCCUCAUUGCUAAGGACAAAUUUUCAGAUCAUCUUGACAUUAUUUUUAGAGGAAUUCUGUUACAUUUAAAUUAGCAGCUAUAUUCUGCACUACAACCUCAACAACACUACAGAAGUACCUAAUUUACUGUAAAGCAUUCCAGAAUGUCUUGUGGUGAUAUAUUCUCUAUGUAAAUAAAAAUCAUUAUGGUCUUUCAAAACUGUUCAAACAUUCCCCUUUUACUUUUCUUCAUCCACUAGUAUUCCCAGUUGGUGAAAUGGUUUAAGGUGAAUAAGGAGCAAAAGUAGGUCACUUGACACCUCAAGUGUUCUUCACUGAUCGCAGGUAAUCUGAAAGCCGUUUCAAUUCUGUACUCUGCCAACCCGAGGUAAUUUUUCGCACUUUGCUUAUCAGGAAUCCAUCUAUUGCCACCUAAAAAAAUGCAUUAUGUGAA